AUGAAACCUCAAGUUUCAUUCGAACAGUUUAAAGAUGAGCAAACACGUUUGUUAGUUACUUCACGAAAAAAAUCAUUUAUUUCUCCACAACUUAUUUCUAAACAACCAUCCCCACCUGUUCAGCCAUUAAGACAACAGUGCCAUCCUUCUUUCCAACAACAUUCUUCUCAAUAUCCUCAACAAUUUUCUGUUCCUCAAAAUAUGUAUCAAGUCCCAAUGGGUUAUCAGUCAAUUUCGCAACAACCUUCUUAUAUUAAUCAAAUACAACAACCUAUGCCUAUCCCCCAAAAACCAAUUGGAUAUUUACCACCUUCAUAUCCACAACAGUUUUAA